GUGUUUUUCUCUGGUUUCCUGUGUUACUCAGCAUAGCGGCUGUUCUGCGGAGCUAAGAUCUAAAAGAAAAACAUGUUUCUGAAAGUUGUAGCUCCACUUUUGGUGGUCUUCCUGGCCGUAGCGAGUGCUGGCCUUCUCGGAGGCCCGAUAGAUGUGGAUGUGAACAGGGAAGAUGUGCAGAGUGCCCUGCUCUUCGCAGUGGCUCAGCAUAACAAAGCGAGCAACGACGCGUUCGUCAGUAAGGUUUCAAGAGUGAUCAAGGCACAGACGCAGGUUGUUUCUGGUCUGAACUAUAUUUUCACCGUCGAGAUGGUCAGGACAUCCUGCAGAAAAGGUGGUGUUGAGAAGGAGUGUACCGUUCAUUCAGAGCCACAGAGCCGAGAGUGCCGACUGAAGGUGUUGAGCCAGCCCUGGACAAACACCAUCAAAGUUGUUGAGAAUACCUGCCAGUAGAAAUCAAAUCACGCAGCCCAGAUGUAGCUGGCCUUCUCAGCAACUGCAAUAACUUUUUUUUCUUCAGAAAUAAUAUAACUUGCAUGAAUACACUAAAUCCAUCAGGUUAUUAGUUUGCAUGCAGUUAGUUUCUUGUUGUCAGCAAAUUACUAUGGGAAUGCUUUGACUGUCACAAGCUUAAGCAAUAACCUUCAAAUAUAUGCAUUUUUUAUAGAUACUUUAAAAUGUAAUAGCAAAAAAUGUAGAUUUGUGAAACAGAAUGCUUUAAUAUUAAAUGUCUCAAAAAAUG